AUGCAAAAACAACAUCAAUCCUCCAUUAUCUCAAAUAUUAAAAGAACACAUCAAAAUAAUAAUAAAAGUGAUCAUUCUUUUCCUAUUACUUCUAACACUUCUAGCAAUGAAACUAGCAAAAACUUGUCCAAUACUAUACCGUUGUUUAAAGAAAGACCAAAUUUAUUGUUAUUAGAGCCUAAAUUAAGAUUAACUUUGAUUAAAUACAAACAAUUAAUACGUCUGGGACAACUGGAGAAAUUAGCUAAAUUAUUAAAUGAUCAAAACAUUUACGAACAAACCGAUGCACUUAAUAAUAAUACUCCUUUGCAAGGUAAUAAGUUACUUUUAAAUAAACCCACUUAUAGCCAUACCAGUACUGCGUUGGAAAAUAACAACAACAAUAAUGAUAAAACCAAGAAACGUUCCUGGUAUAAUGCUAAUGAUUUUGAAUAUGAACUAUCAGAAUAUGACAUAUCGCAAAACAAAAGUGAUAGUGGCGAAAAAUGCCUUCAUGAAAAUAUAGGUAAUCAUAAAGAAAAUCAAAACUCUAUAAGUACUAAUAGUUUUACGGGGAACAACAAAGGUACUGAUACUAAAACUUCGCUAACUAAUAAAUCUUCUUUUUCAACAACGACCGAAGGUGCUGCUAGUUCAUCUAAUGCUAUUGUAAAUACUUCAUCUGGCAAUAACAACAAGAGACUAAAAAAUUUAUCUGAUAUUAACUCGCAAACAAGUUCGAACAAAAUUGAUACGAAAAAUGGUGAAGCUAAUACCAUUAAUAAUUUAUUGACUGAUACACAAAUGAAAUUAUUAUCAGGGACCUUGCAAACGAACAUCAAUAAUAAGAAACGUGUUUCAAUUAAUAAUAGUGAUGAUUUUGAAAAGGUUAAAAUUUCAAAACUAUUUAAUACCAGCAAUGUGAGUGAAAAUGGUAGCAGUAACAUUAAAAAUACAUUAGGCCCUAUAGUACCUUCUACUGCAUUUGAUUUUGUUAAGAAACCAACACCUUUUAGUAAUAACAAUGGAAAGACUACCACCACUACUAAUACUAAUAAUAGUAAUACUACUACGACUAACAAUAAUAAUAUUCAGGUUAAUGAUGAUAGUUGUAUGUUGCUCCACGAAACACCUUCAAAAAUUGCACAGAACUCUUCCAACAAUACAGUAAAAAGGGAUGAAGCUAAAAAGGAGUCCAAUGAUCUCUUUUUAGAUUUGACAAAAAAUUCUGGUACUACUGGGUUGGAUAAACCAGCGUUUAGCGUUUCCAGUUCUGCCACAUCUUUUGUUACCAAGGACAAGAGUUUUACUAAUCAUGAAUCUGAAGUAUCAAGCGAUGAAAAUGAUCGGAAAAGAAAAAAGCCUACAUUUAAAUUUAAUGAUAAAAAUAGCACAGUGAAAGCCAAGACUGAAAAAUCUCUUUUUACGUUCGGAAGAAAUGACGUUGACAAUAACACAAAAGACACCAACAAUAAUCAUAAUUCCAGCCUUAUCUUUGGUUCUUCUGCAAACAAUACCAAAGAUACAACUGGCGACAAAAAAGAUCCAUCUGGUUUUACAUUUAAUAAUGUGCCGCUUGCUGCCGCUACUGCUGCUGGUACCACCACUGCCUCUACUAAUAAGCCAACUUUUAAUUUCAGCGCACCAAGUACCACUGGUAUCAAGAAUGGUAAAGCUGAUAUUGAUCCAGGUGAAUCAAAAACAGCAUCUGCCAAAGGAUUUUUAUUUAAACCAACUUUGAUUUCAAAACCUGCUGAAGAGGAAAAAAACAAAACACUUACAACUUCACCCUUUCCAACCCAAUCUGGCAAAACCCCCGAUACUUCUGAGCCUAAUAAGCCAAUCGUUUUUGGCGCUAGUACCGGCACAAACAAUAAUACAGAAAAUUCAGAUAAACCAAACUUAUUUGGGACUGUCGGCGCUUCUACAAAGCCAAGUUUUAAUUUCACUCUUAAUAAGAAGGAUAAUACUAAUGGUCCUUCCACCAAUGUGGAUAGUAGUAGUAACGGUAUAAGCAAUGGUAAACCGGUAUUUUCAUUUGGUGCUGGUAAAAAAGAUACUAAGCCAUUUGCAGGAUUUGACAUUAAUAAUAACAAUAACACAGCUGCUCUCAAGCCCACCAAUAGCACUUUGGCUCCUUCAACUUUGAAUGCCACUACGGAAUUGAGAUUUGAUUUAAGUAAUUUUAAUACCGGGACAAAAAAUGUUAACCCGAGUCUGUUUGCACCCAAACCGCAAAAUAAUAUAUUUAGUAAUAAUAAUGUCACGACCGGAACAGGUGGGGUUUUUGGAACUAAUAAUGGUAAUGUUAAUAAUGGUAGUGUGUUUAGUACCCCCUCUCCAGUAUUACCCGGUGCCCCGACAAAACUUUCAAAUAUCAACAACAACAAUAAUAAUAAUAAUAGUGAUGCAUUUAGACCAUCUUCUAAAAUUAAUAUGAAUUUUGCCACGUCUGCUCCACCCAGCAAAGUAUUUGGUGCCUCUGUCCCUCCAAGUUCAGUUUUUGGAGCAAACGGUAAUUCUGUUGCAUCUACUAAUGUCAACGGCAUUGGCGCUACUGCAGCAACUACUAAUAAUCCCAUUGGGAACGGUCUUAUUAAUAAUAACAAUGGAUUGAUGUUUAAUAAUAAUAAUCCGAAUUUGUUUAACAAUGUGAACCUAAAUAAUAAUACUAAUAAUAACAUCUCAUCCCUGUCACCGUCACCUUUAGCUGGUUUUGUACCAUCGCAAUCUGCAUCUCCAGCGUUUGGUCAACAACAGCAAGGUAUGAACACAGUUAUGACACCAAUUGGUCAAAUGAAUAUUCCAACAGGUAGAAAAUUGGCAAGAAUGAGAGCAAGAAGGGCAUAA